CUACUGUAUAAACUGCGUCUUCAUCGGCCCUCCGGUGACGAGUCUGUCGUUUAUGUUCAAGCUAAUACGAGUGGCGAGGAAAGCGGCGCCUUCACUCACGGCACAAUGCAGAUGUGAAGUCUAACAUCGUCGAUCUUGACACCAUCUUCAACCCUUGGUACCCGCCUGGCAAACCAGUACUGUGUGCUGCCUUGUUUAUCUGUUUUGCCGUCAACAUACAUGUUCUUACAUGAAGAGAGGGGAGAAAUCCGAAGGAUACAGGCAGAUGAGACCCAAAACAUUCCCCGCCAGCAACUACAGUGGCAACAGCCAACACAUGCUCCAGGAAAUCCGCGAGAGCCUUCGGAACUUGUCCAGGCCUUCUGACCCACCCAAACUGGAUAUGGGGGGUGCUGGAAAAUUGCUGUCCGAAGACCCUCGGCAACAGGGGCGCAGUAGCAACCCCAAACACCCCUACCACAAGGCUUUGCAGGAGAUUCGUAAGUCGCUGCUGCCAUUUGCCAAUGAGCCCAGUGCUCCAAGUCGGACAACUGAGGUUAAUAAACAGAUGAUGCUGGAGCUCAUUUCCGCGGGGUUUGAAGAGGAAAUGGUGAUUCGAGCUCUGAAGCAGACCAACAGUCGCAGUAUGGAAGCAGCUAUAGAGUACAUUAGUAAGAUGAGCUAUCAGGACCCGCUAAGAGAACAGAUGGCUGCUGCUGCUGCCCGCCCCAUCAACGCAAGCAUAAAAGCCCCAGGUGCUGCUCAUAUCACGCAGCCUGUGCAGAGGAGACAAAGCUGGAAGGGUUCUAAGGAGUCUCUGACACAGAGACAUGGUCCCCUCAUGGUGGAGGGAAUAAUGUACCGCUCCGACAGUCCUGGACCCCAGGGAGAUCUGGCGGCACGUGCGCCACCUACCUUCCCCCAGGGUCACCCUGGUAACAGCCAGAGAGUAAAUGCUCCUCUGCCACCUCAGGUGCGUAGUGUUACACCUCCGCCAAACCGUGGUGCUACCCCCCCUCCACCCACCUGGGAAGGCAACCCAUCAACCAAGCGCUUCUCUGGCAACAUGGAUUACCUAGUACCUCGUAUUUCUCCGGUACCUCAAGGAGCAUGGCCUGAUAGUUACCAAGCCCCAGCAUCCCAAAACCCGCGUGGGAUCAGCCCGGUGCCAAUGGGCCGCCAGCCUAUCAUAAUGCAGAGUUCUGGGGGGAAUAAGUUCACUUUUCCCUCUGGCUGGUCUCAGAAUGGCUCCUCACAGCAAGACUACAUGGCUGGGAGUAGCAGACAGCCCCCUCCCCCAUACCCAGUUAACCAGAGUAGCAGACAUAGCCCCACUGACCAGCAGGCUGGAGGGCCUGCAUCGUCUCCCUCCUACCUUAAUGGUAGCAACCUUCCUCAGUCUCUGAUGGUACCCAACAGAAACAGCCACAACCUAGACAUGUACAACUUGGGUUCUCCUCAGUCCUGGCCCCAGGGCCAACUGGCCCCUGUCCAGCCCCAGUCUUCACCAGCUAACAACAAUAACCAAGACCUGUCAACCUCAUGGCAGCACAACAUGCCUGUGCGCUCAAAUUCUUUCAACAGCCACCAGCUGUGCAACAGACCAUCCCACCCGGCUAGUUCCCAGCCCUCUGCUACGACAGUCACUGCCAUCACACAGGCCCCUAUCCUACAACCUGUCAAAAGCAUGCGUGUCCAGAAGCCUGAGUUGCACACCGCUGUUGCUCCCACACACCCUCCAUGGAUCCAGCAGCCCCCACCUUCUCCAGCUGUAAAUAAUUACCCAGAGCCUCCAACGCCUCUGCCUCAGGUUCCUGUAGCAGAGGCACCCAGCUACCAGGGCCCUCCUCCCCCUUACCCUAAGCACUUACUCCAGCAGGCUGCUGCAACAAAUCCCACAGCCUACGAUCCAGGAGCCAGUAAGCCUAGCUCUGGGAGAGAGGAGGAGGAUGAGGAGGGUUGCUGCUGCAGCAGCUCUGGCGACAAAGUGGCAGAAGGUACUGAGAGUGCUGCAGGGACAGAGAAAGAGAGGAAACAGAUCACGACAUCCCCUGUUCCUGUGCGCCGCAACAAAAAAGAUGAGGAGCGGAGAGGGGAAUCCUCUAGACUGCCGCUGUACUCUUCCCAGGCGUUCAAGUUUUUCAUGGAGCAACACGUGGAGAAUAUUCUGAAGAACCAUCAGCAGCGGAUCCGUAGGAGAAAACAACUUGAGAGUGAAAUGCAGAGGGUGGGUCUGUCUUUAGAUGCGCAGGAACAGAUGCGCAUGAUGCUGUGUCAGAAAGAGUCCAACUACAUCCGGCUGAAACGAGCCAAGAUGGAUAAGUCGAUGUUCAAGCGGAUCAAGACGUUGGGUAUCGGAGCCUUCGGCGAGGUUUGCCUAGCCCGGAAAGAGGAUACCAGGGCGCUGUACGCCAUGAAGACGCUCCGCAAGAAGGACGUGCUGCUGAGAAACCAGGUGGCCCACGUCAAGGCCGAGAGGGACAUCCUGGCUGAGGCAGACAACGAGUGGGUGGUGCGUCUCUACUACUCGUUCCAAGACAAGGACAACCUGUACUUCGUCAUGGACUACAUCCCGGGCGGGGACAUGAUGAGCCUGCUGAUCAGGCUGGGCAUCUUCAAAGAGGAGCUGGCCCAGUUCUACAUUGCCGAGCUCACAUGUGCAGUGGAGAGCGUUCACAAGAUGGGCUUCAUCCACAGGGACAUUAAGCCCGACAAUAUCCUCAUCGACCGAGACGGACAUAUCAAGCUCACUGACUUUGGCCUCUGCACCGGCUUCCGCUGGACACAUGACUCGAAGUACUACCAAAGCGGGGACCAUGUCAGACAGGACAGUAUGGACUUCAGUAAAGAAUGGGAAGACCCAGCCAGCUGCCGCUGCGGGGACCGGCUCAAGCCUCUGGAGAGAAGGAAAGCAAGGCAGCACCAGCGCUGUUUGGCCCACUCCCUUGUUGGGACACCAAACUACAUCGCCCCGGAGGUGCUGCUCCGGACAGGGUACACCCAGCUGUGUGACUGGUGGAGCGUUGGCGUCAUCCUCUAUGAGAUGGUUGUUGGGCAGCCUCCGUUCUUAGCAACCACACCCCUUGAAACCCAGCUGAAGGUGAUAAACUGGCAGAGCACGCUGUACAUCCCCCCUCAAGCCAAGCUGAGCCCGGAGGCGUCGGAUCUCAUCGUCAAAUUGUGCCGCGGUCCCGAGGACAGACUCGGCAAAGACGGGGCGGACGAGAUAAAGGCCCAGCCUUUCUUCAAGACCAUCGACUUCUCCAGCGAUCUUCGGCAGCAGGUUGCACCAUACAUCCCCACCAUCGCCCACUGCACAGACACCUCCAACUUUGAUCCGGUGGACCCAGACAAACUGUGGAGCAGCGACAACGAGGGGGAGGGGAACCACAACGACACCCUCAACGGCUGGUUUCGCAAUGGCAAGCACCCCGAGCACGCCUUCUAUGAGUUCACGUUCCGCCGUUUCUUCGACGACAACGGCCACCCGUACAGCUGUCCCAAGCCGAUCGAGUAUGAAGGCUACAACGGGGAUGAGCCGGACUCGGAGGGCCCGGCACAGGAGGACGUGGAGCAGGAGGAGGGGGGGGGCGGUAGUCCCGGAGCAGUGGGGAGGGACUUGGUGUAUGUGUAG